AUGGAAAGGGAGUUAGGAAAGGAAGUUGUUAAAGUCAAGGAGGUCAUGGACCUGAUAAAGACUGCUGGGUUGAUGAAGAUUGUGGUUGGGUUCUCUCAGUGCUAUGAGGGUUUAGUUAAGGAAUUCAUUAUCAACAUUCUUGAGGAUAUUGCUGAUAAGAACAACAAGGAAUUUUGCGAAGUGUUUGUGAGAGGUAAGUGUAUCACAUUCUCCCCCACUGUCAUUAACAAUUUUCUGGGAAGAAGAGUUGAGGGUGCAGGUGAAUUGGAAGCUACAGACAAUCAGGUUUGUAGAGAAAUUACAGGAAGGCAGGUGAAAAGGUGGCCUAUUAAAAAACGUCUUCUUGCUGGGAAGUUAAUUGUCAAAUUUAUGUUUGAACAAAUUAUCAAGCAUGCAUCUACUAAUGAAGUUAAGCUUCCUAUUGCCUUUCCCUCUAUGAUUUGUGGGAUUAUCCUGAGUCAACACCCUGGUAUUCUAAGUUCUAAUAACUUACCAAGUAGAAGAAAACCUGCUCUAUCAGUGCACUAUAAAUUGUUUGAAGGCAGUCAUGUCGAAGACAUUGUCAUGAUGUCUGCUAUCAAAAAGACAACCUCAAAAUUUGGAACUAUUGCUGAGCUGAAGGAGACCUGUAAAGAGAUGGGUGAAGGGAUAAGGGUAGCAACAACUAGGAAAGAAUCGUUGGAAGCCCUGAAUGCAAGCUUGGAGCGAGCUGAAGGUGAGAAUAUUGAACAUGCUAAGGAAGCUGAAGCCCACACCUCUAGUGAGAGGUCUGCAACUAAUGAUGAUACAAGUAGCAAUUCUGUUUCUAAUGCUGAUGAAGUUGCAAGCUGA